AUGUCUCAAAUGGUUAUAGACGAUGAAAUAGAAUUUCAAAUAAGACACUAUAAUCAACAAUUUUACAUACCAACUUUUAUUAAAUUUAAACUUCACAAUCUUGAAAACUUUAAAACAAAUCUAACAACAUUUGAAAAUAUUCGUUUUCAAAAUCCCAAAAUCCUUUACAUUGAUUGGGAUGAACUACAAAGCAAAACUAAUAAUUCAAAUAUUACAUAUGGUUUUUAUAUGUCACCAAUAAAAAAUACUGGCAUGUAUAAAAUAUCUUUAACUGCAGCAUAUAAUGAUGGUUUUACAUUUGAUGAACACCAGUUUACUUGUGCGAUUUAUCAAUGUGAAAUUGGUUAUGUCAUUUUUGAUAAAAAAUUAAACACUGAAAAAUUAAAUGAAAAAGGAAAUAUAUAUACAGUUGAGUAUGUUGUAUUAGUUGUUAUUAAAUCAUUAAAUAAUAUAAUAGUUUUACAAGAAGUAGAUUAUCAUAAAAUGAACAUAAAUAUUGGUUUAUGUCCUUACAUUAACUGGGUAUCAAAAAAAGGACCAGUAAAAUUUAU